CAAUACGAUUGUAACGAAUGACAAGAAUAUUGUGUUUCGCAAGUGAUUCACGGAUUCAGUCAUUGAAUGCAUUGUUUUCAUUGCAAUUACUUAGCAUUCAUUUCACUACAAAUUACUCGCAAUUAGUGGUUAUCUCAUAAUUUGGUGCCAUUUGUGACCAAAUUGUUGACCAUUUGAGCAAUUGGUGUGCUGCAGAGGAAGACGUGGUGAAGACAUCUUAGGAUGAGUGACAAGAAUCAGACGGUAAGUCAGCCGCCGAUCAAAAUCGGUCACUACUUGUUGGCCGAGACGUUAGGCAUCGGAUCCUUCGGCAAAGUUAAGACGGCUCGACAUCAGUUGACGGGCCAUAAGGUUGCCGUCAAAAUACUCAACCGACAGAAGAUCAAGAACUUGGAUGUCGUCGGAAAGAUCCGCAGAGAGAUCCAGAACCUCAAGCUCUUCAGACACCCGCAUAUCAUCAAACUGUAUCAAGUGAUUAGUACGCCGACCGAUAUAUUCAUGAUUAUGGAGUACGUGUCCGGAGGGGAGCUCUUCGACUAUAUUGUCAAACACGGAAAGCUCAAGGAGUCAGAGGCGCGCCGUUUCUUCCAACAGAUUAUUUCAGGAGUGGAUUACUGUCACAGACAUAUGGUGGUUCACAGAGAUCUUAAGCCCGAGAACUUGUUGUUGGAUCAGAAUUUAUGCGUCAAAAUAGCCGACUUUGGCCUCUCGAAUAUGAUGAUGGACGGCGAGUUCUUGAGGACCAGCUGUGGAUCUCCUAAUUAUGCCGCACCGGAGGUUAUUUCCGGAAAACUCUAUGCGGGACCAGAAGUGGACAUCUGGUCGUGUGGUGUCAUACUCUAUGCACUUUUAUGCGGAACUUUGCCCUUUGAUGACGAACACGUGCCCACUCUGUUCAGGAAAAUUAAAUCGGGAAUAUUUCCAAUUCCUGAAUACCUGAAUAAAUCAGUGGUCAGUCUUUUGGUCCAUACUUUACAAGUGGAUCCCAUGAAGAGGGCCACAAUGGAUGACAUAAAAAAUCACGAGUGGUUUAAGAAGGAACUGCCGGCCUAUCUGUUCCCAUCGCCUACUGAUAACGACGCUUCCAUUAUAGACAUGGAUGCCGUCAGUGAAGUCUGUGAGAAAUUCGGAGUCACGGAUAAGGAGGUGCACAGCGCUCUGCUCAGUGGUGACCCUCACGACCAGUUGGGGAUUGCAUACCAUCUGAUUGUGGACAACAAACGCAUUGAAGACGAGACGGCCAAACUGGACAUCAAGGACUUCUACGUGGCCUCAAGCCCUCCGCCCUCCAACUUUGUCGACACACCGGCCAGACCUCAGUCGGCCACUGGAAACCACGGACAACGACAACGAAUGCUAAGCGGAGGCAAUACUCCCGUAGAGAGACAGCGGAUGCUUAGCGGAGGCAACAGUUUAGAUAAGACUAAGGGAACGCCUAUGAAGAGAGCCAAAUGGCAUUUGGGAAUCCGAUCGCAGAGCAAACCACACGAUAUAAUGAAUGAAGUUUACAGAGCUAUGAAAGCAUUGGAUUUCGAGUGGAAAAUCGUGAACGCAUUCCAUGUGCGGACUCGUAGGAAGAAUCCGAUAACCGGGAAGUACGUGAAGAUGACUCUCCAGUUAUAUCAAGUGGAUUACAAGAGCUAUUUGCUUGACUUCAAGUCGUUGGCCUGCAAUGAGGACGAGCCCAACGAGCUGUGCGCCAGUGCUGGCAGUGGAAGCAAUGGAAGUGACCCAUACAAUCAGUCCCAAUGCCAUCAUAUUAUGGAGUUCUUCGAGAUGUGCGCCUCUCUGAUCACUCAAUUGGCGCGUUAGUCAAAACAAACACAACCUCCCGGUGCUAAUGGCAGCAAAGUUUUCAUUUUUGAUUGCGUCUUCCCUUUUUGUUUGCUUUCAAUUACAAGAUCUAUACCUCAAUAGCAGUGGUAUCUGUACCUCAAUAGCAGUGGUCUUUGCGCUCCAGAUUUCAUCCAUAAUUAUAUACUUUUGUUAUUCAUAUUAAUCUCUUUAUAUAUAAUGUAUGUUGAAAUCAAUUAUUUUGAACAUAGCUUUAAAUGUAUUGAAAACAAUCUCGAGAUUCUGUCAAUCAAUUCAACGUUAAUUAUAACUAUUAUUAUAAUUAAAAUUAAUUUUAAAACCAAAUUUAACCAAAAA